CCUUCCGGGGGCCGUGCUGACAGGGCAGGGACCGCGCGGUCCCGGGCUGGGCCUGCUGGGAGGUCCAGGGAUCUGAGGGUGAUCCGGAACUGGCUCAGAAACGCCGCAAAGGUUCGUAACGCGGCGAAUAAGGCGGUGUCACUUUGCGGAGAGCUACCGAGGAUCAGCCCUUGGCGGUACUCGGCUGGGCUCGGCUUGAGGACCCGUCACGGGCAGCGUGAAUACACCGCGCCCUUCGCGCUCCCCCGGUCAGCAAAGCGCACCGGCACCAUCGGGAGACGUGUGGGCUCGCGAGGUGACGGAGCGGAGGUGAACGUGUGCCCUCAGCCGCGUACUCUUCACUGUGAAACUACUACGAAGCAUAAAGUCAAGGCAGCUGGACAGUGACGUCUCCUCAGAUAAUCAGCAUCCAUGUAGGGAUGCUUUUGACGCUGCUGCACUUGGGCUUUUUGUUGCAGUGGUUUUUGGCUAUGCUUAAAAGGUCAUAGUACUUAAUAUUUUCAGUUGUUUCUGAUCUAAACAGGUACUUUGCCCUAAAGUCCUUCAUUCUUCAAGACUAGAAAAGCUAUUUGCACUUUGCACACCAUUAAUCGAUGCUCUGGAGCUUACCUGAGAGGAACAGCUUUAGAGACGGGAGCCAAAAUGUUGAAAAUUAUGGGGAAAUUUUCAGCGAGUGCAUUGAAGCCAUCAAGUUUGUGCAAUAAGUGCAUGUAUUUCAGAAAUACGAAAAUGAGAAUCACGAGUGUGACACAGCUAAACUGCAGUCUGAGAAACUACAGUUCUCCACCAGGAGAUGUUAAGUCUCUGCAUUCUGUCAUUAAUCCUCAUAUAUCCAGAAUCCGAAACAUUGGCAUUAUGGCCCACAUUGAUGCAGGCAAAACUACGACAACAGAGAGAAUGCUAUAUUAUUCUGGAUAUAUAAGAACACUUGGAGAUGUUGAUGAUGGAGACACAGUGACAGAUUUUAUGGCACAAGAGCGAGAACGUGGUAUUACCAUUCAGUCUGCUGCUGUUACAUUUGACUGGAAGGACUACAGAAUCAAUCUGAUUGACACCCCAGGCCAUGUGGACUUUACUGUGGAAGUUGAGCGUUGUUUGAGAGUACUGGAUGGAGCAGUAGCAGUGUUUGAUGCUUCAGCUGGUGUUGAGGCACAAACUCUGACAGUGUGGAGGCAAGCGGACAAAUACCAGAUACCACGGAUUUGCUUUUUAAACAAGAUGGACAAAAACAGGGCAAGUUUUACAUAUGCUGUUGAGAGCAUAAAACAAAAGUUGAAGACAAAACCUUUACUAUUACAGUUGCCCAUUGGGGAAGCCAAGACCUUCAGAGGACUGGUUGAUGUUGUGACUAAGGAGCAAAUAAUGUGGAAACCUACUUCUGAUUUGGAUGAUGGAAAAAUUUUUGAGCGAAAGCUGCUGCUGGAGACUGACGAUCCAAACCUGUUUCAAGAAGUCCAGGAUGCAAGAAAUACCUUAAUAGAACAAGUUGCAGAUCUGGAUGAUGAAUUUGCUGAACUGGUUCUAGGAGAAAAUGGUGAAAAUUUUGACUUAAUACCAGCUGACAAGUUGCAAUCUGCUAUCCGCAGAAUCACGCUAGCUCAGAAGGCUGUCCCUGUCCUCUGUGGCAGUGCACUGAAGAACAAAGGGGUGCAGCCAUUACUGGAUGCUAUUACUCUGUACUUGCCUGCACCUAAUGAGCGUUCACAUGAGUUUCUACAGUGGUACAAGGAUGACCUGUGUGCCCUGGCAUUCAAAGUUCUUCAUGAUAAAUGUCGUGGACCACUAGUUUUUGUUCGUGUUUACUCAGGCUCAUUGAAACCUCAGUCAGCUGUAUAUAAUAUUAACAAAAGUUGCACAGAGAGAAUGAGCCGGCUGCUCCUGCCUUUUGCUGAUCAGCAAAUUGAAAUACCGUCACUAAUGCCUGGCAACAUUGCCUUGACUGUUGGGUUAAAACAGAGUGCCACUGGAGAUACCAUAGUGUCAUCAAAGGCUUCGGCUAUCGCUGCAGCACGCCGAGCUGGACGGGAUGCUGGGGAAAAGAAGAGGUCUGUGAGUGGUGUAGACAGUCUUCUGCUGGCAGGUGUUGAGAUCCCUGAGCCUGUCUUCUUCUGUACCAUUGAACCGCCUUCAAUGGCCAGACAGCAAGACUUGGAUAAUGCAUUGAGUUGCCUUCAGCGUGAAGAUCCAAGUUUAAAAGUGAAGCCAGAUCCUGACACAGGACAAACUAUCCUCUGUGGCAUGGGAGAACUACACAUAGAAAUCAUUCAUGACCGAAUCAAACGUGAAUAUGGAAUCGAGACUUAUUUGGGACCUCUUCAAAUAGCAUACCGAGAAACCAUCUUAAAUGCAGCCCAAGCUAUAGAUAUAUUGGACAAAACAGUAGGUGAUAAACGACACUGUGUAACUGCAGAGGUAGAGGUGAGGCCCAGGUCAGGAGAAGGAGCAACAACAAAACCCAUCAUCAGCUAUGCUGAGAAUGUCAGUGAAGUACUGCCGAAAGAACUCCAAGGAGCUGUAGAAAAUGGAAUCACAAAUUCAUGUGUUCAAGGACCUCUGUUGGGAUUCCCAGUUCAAGAUAUAGAUGUGACUGUGCAAUCAUUGACAGUGCACCCGGACACCUCGCACACAAUGGUAUCAGCCUGUGUCUCCCGUUGCAUGCAAAAGGCUUUGAAAAAAGCUGGUAUACAAAUACUGGAGCCCCUGAUGAACCUAGAAAUCACAGUAAGUGAAGAUCAUCUCAGUGCAGCACUUGCUGAUCUUGCACAGAGGAGAGGUAAUAUUCAGGAAAUCCAGUCCCGUCAAGAUAACAGAGUUGUGGUCGCUGCUGUUCCACUAGCAGAAAUGAUGGGCUACUCAACAGUUUUGCGUUCUCUAACAUCAGGCUCAGCAACCUUCACAUUGGAGCUUGCCAGUUAUAAAGCUCUAAGCAGUCAAGAGCAAAGUGCACUUCUUCAGAGGAGGAUGGGAAAUCUCUAGGAACAGUGUUUUCUAUCCUC